GUCUUAAAUUUAUCAAGUGUGCGAAGGUUGAAACCUAUAAAAGCAUGCUCUCUGGGCUUUUCUUCAUCAUCCAACUAUUUUAUCAACUCAACUUCCCUUUUCCUACUUUUUUAUUUUCUUGACAAAUUCCGUCUUGCAUUCAUGAACUACGACACUUGCUUUCAUCUUCUUUUAGCUUUAUUCAUACCAUGUUCUGUAGUUUGCUUGGCUAUGACAGUCAGAAAUCUCAACUCCGAUCAGUUUGCACUUCUCGAGUUUAAGGAUAGCAUUGCCGGCCCUCAAAAUGUCUUGGCAAACAAUUGGACGGCCUCAACCUCAGUUUGCAAUUGGAUUGGUGUUUCUUGUGGCAUCAUCCAUAAAAGAGUUAUAGCUUUGAAUCUUACAAGCAUGAAUCUUAGGGGUACUAUCCCUCCACACCUUGGAAAUCUUUCAUUUCUACUCUCUCUCGACUUGAGUAGCAACCAUUUUUAUGGCCAUCUCCCUAAAGAAUUGGGCCAAUUGCAUCGUUUGAGGAUCCUUCGAUUAAGCUACAACCGUCUUAAUGGGGAAAUUCCAUCAUGGCUUGGGAACUUACAGAGAGUUCGAAGGCUGAACAUGAAAAAUAAUAACUUUAUAGGCACAAUCCCUGAAACACUUGUUAACAUGUCUAAUCUAGAGAUCUUGAGCUUGGGAUUCAAUCAAUUAUCUGGUCAGGUUCCAUCUUCUAUCUUCAAGAUUUCUUCUUUGAAAGCUAUUAGACUCUCCAGCAAUAGCCUAUCAGGUCAGAUUGCAGAAAGUAUUUUUAAUUCAACUACGCUCCAAGAAAUAGCUCUAUUUGACAACAAAUUAGAAGGUAAUUUGCCACCCAUCACCAAUGCUCCAAAGCUUGAGAUUCUUUUAUUGUGGAGAAAUGAACUUAGCGGAAACAUUCCCAACUCUAUCUCCAAUGCUUCCAUGCUUAAGAAACUAGCCUUGGAACAAAACUUAUUCUCCGGCCCAAUCCCUAAAAUGCUUGGCAACUUAAGACACCUCGAAAGGCUCCGAAUCGCCAACAACAAUUUGAUCACAGGAUCUACUACUGAUCAUGAGUGGACCUUUCUUUCUUCUUUGACGAAUUGUAGGAAUUUGAGAAGAAUUGAUGUUUCAGGAAAUCCAUUGAGUGGCGUUCUUCCUACUUAUAUCGGGAACCUUUCAAAAUCCCUUCAAUACUUCUCUGCCUUUAAUUGUGAGAUUAAAGGCAAUAUUCCCAUGGAAAUAGGUAACUUAAGCAACAUGUUGGUUUUAGUACUUGGCUAUAAUAAAUUAAGUGGAUUCAUUCCAACAUCAAUAGGAGGACUGGGAAAUCUCCAAGGUCUAGGUCUUUCCUUUAAUAAAUUAGAAGGGCCCAUCUCAGAAAGCCUUUGUGAUUUGGAGAGAUUAUACAACUUGUUUUUAGGGUUGAAUAAGCUGCAUGGAUCCAUACCCUCUUGUUUGGGUAAUAUUUCUUCUUUGAGAUAUCUUUACUUAAAUUCCAACAAAUUGAGUUCUGUAAUACCCUUAACUUUGUGGAAUCUUAAAGAUAUCUUAAAAAUAGAUUUAUCAUCAAACCAUCUUCACAAUUCACAUGGUAUUAAUGUUGGAAAUUUGAGGAGUCUACUGAGCCUAAAUUUAUCAAGAAAUCUUCUCGUAGGAGAUAUCUUAUCCACAUUUGGAGGUCUUCAAACUUUGGUUUCAUUAGAUUUAUCAAAUAAUAAACUACAUGGCCAUAUCCCUGAAUCAUUUGAUGGGUUGAUUAGUUUGGAAUUCUUGGAUUUAUGCAAUAACAAUCUCUCUGGAGUCAUUCCCAAAUCUUUGGAAAAGCUUUUAUAUCUAAACUAUUUUAAUGUGUCUUUCAAUAGACUUGUAGGGGAAAUUCCCACUGAAGGAUGUUUUUCAAACUUUUCCAGCACAUCAUUCAUGAAGAAUUCUGCACUUUGUGGUCCACCUAGAUUGCUAGCCCCACCUUGCAAAAACGACAACCACGAAAACUCCCAAAUGAUUAUAUUGCAUACUUUUAGGUAUGGUUUACCAGUAAUUGGUAUUGUCGUAGUACUAAUAGUCUUAACUAUUAUGUAUAGAAGAUGCCAAAGAAGGAGUACAACUCUACCAAUUAAAGAUGAUUUGUUGUCUUUGAAAACACUGAGAAGAAUUUCACAUGUUGAACUUUCACAAGCAACUAAUGGAUUUGAUGAAAGCAAUAUGCUUGGUUCAGGGAGUUUUGGAUAUGUAUAUAAAGGGAGGCUUUCAGAUGGAAUGGAAGUUGCAAUAAAAGUUUUCAAUUUCCAAACAGAGGGAGCAUUUAGGAGUUUUGACAUUGAAUGUAAUGCUUUGCAUAAUAUAGUUCAUCGUAAUAUUGUGAAGGUCAUUACUUGCUGCUCAAGUGUUGACUUCAAAGCCUUGGUGCUUGCUUACAUGUCUAAUGGAAACCUUGAGAAAUGGUUACAUUCUAAAAAUUGUUUCCUUGAUAUCAGACAAAGGGUCGACAUAAUGAUAGAUGUUGCGGUAGCUAUAGAAUACCUCCACAAUGGAUAUCCAACGCCUAUAAUUCAUUGUGACAUAAAACCAAGCAAUAUUUUACUAGAUGAAGACAUGGUUGCACAUGUUGCAGAUUUUGGCAUUGCCAAAUUGUUGGGAGAAGGUGAAGUAAUGAAGCAAACCAUGACUCUUGCAACUAUCGGGUAUAUGGCACCAGAAUUUGGAUUAACAGGAAUCGUUUCUAUAAAAUGUGACGUCUAUAGUUAUGGGAUCAUCCUUAUAGAAACUUUUACAAAGAAAAAGCCAACUGAUAAUUUUUUUGCUGAAGAAGUGACUAUAAGGCAUUGGAUGGAAAGUUCUUUGCCUAAAGGAGGGAUAGAAAUUGCAGAUGUUGAUUUACUAAGAAGAGAGGAUAAGUACUUUUUUGUUAAAGCAAAUUGUAUUUCAUCCAUCAUGGAGUUGGCUUUGAAUUGUUCAGCUGAGUUACCAGAAGAAAGAAAAGAUAUGAAGGAUGUUGUGGUUGAGCUAAAGAAAAUUAAACAAAGGUUGUUAAACAACAUCGAACAUGUUUAGCGAAGAAGAAUUCAAACUUCUUUUGCAAAAUCAAGAUGGAAACCAAUAAAAUGAGCAUCAGACCUUCCCAUGAAUUACGGUAUAUGGUAGCUUUGGAGAAUCAAGUUAUUUUCUUUGUUUCUUAUUUCAUUUACGAUAUAACUAUGUUUUAAUCUUUUGCUAAGGAUUUUAUUGUUGCUUUCCCUCCAAUUAAAUAUGAUAUUUACUUUCAUUAAAAAAAUUGUAUGAAUUUCAUUUGUUGUGUUAACGGACCCUCAAUAGAUGGUAUUAUUCUUGUAUUGGGGUUUUGUCUCUUGAUUCCGCGGAGAACCUAGUGGGUUCACGAAGAUAGUUCCAAGUUGUUGAGGGUAGCAGCGAUUACCUACCAAGCAACAUACAGAAGACUUCUCUUAAAGGACUUGAUCUCCCUCAACAAAAACUCAAAUACAAGAUUGUUUAAUGCAUAGACAAAUCUAACACAAUGGUCUUAAUUGAGCUAGCUUGCCUCACUAGUGGUUGAUGAUCAAAGAAAACUAAAGAAGGCCAAUAAGAAGAAUGAAACUUCGCAUGAUGAAACUUCGCAUGCUUUACUAUCAUGUUCUAUAAAACAAAAAAACUUCUUUUCUCGAUGACACAAGCAAUGAAGAAACCUGUUGGAAUGCUUGAUGUGAAGGUUGUCAAGGCAAUGAAGCUUAGAAAGAAAGAUUUCCUAGGAAAAUUAGAUCCUUACAUAAAACUAAGGAUGGGCUAUCUAUGUUUCACGGAUUAUGCUAUUUUUCUAAUUCAAUAGACGAUUUUGCCAAUAUUUCCUAUAUUGGAAUUUCUGCCAAUGCUCAAUUUAAUCAAUUUAACCAACUGUAAUGCUCCUAUGGAUUUUAUUUGUGUCUACAGUAUUUAGAGACUAUUUUGUAAA